AUGUAAGAACAUAUAACUUUAACUAUUGAUUAACUUACUAAUCUUCUUUCAAAUAGUGAACAAACUUUAAAUUGGAAUAGUAUAAAUUCUCUCUCAGAUAAAAGUUAAACUCGUUUUAGAUAAAAUGUGCCAAAAAUUGUCUCUUUUGUUGACAUUGAAGAAUUUCAAGAAACUUCUAUAUCAAGUGGACUUUAAAAUUCUAAUAAUCAAUCAAUUAUAGAUAAAAUUCAAGAGUUAGAGGAGGAAAAUAAACAACUAAAAGAAAGCUUAAAAUUUUAUGAAAAAAAAGAAUAUAAUUGGAAAAAUUAAAUGAAUGACUACUAGUUAGAGCAUAUACAAUUAAAGCGAUAAAACUAAUUACUUUAAGACAGAUUAAAUUCUAUAAUAUAAUCAAAAGAAUAGUUAAGCAAAUUUAAAAAAUAAACCGAAUCUUAAAGAUGUAAUUUAGCAUCGC